CACAAUUUGCUCACAGUUAUCAUGACCAUGGGGAGGAUUGUAUUCUAUGAAGAGAGAAACUUCCAGGGUCGCUCCUAUGAGACCAGCAGCGACUGCCCGGAGCUCACCUCCUACCUGAGCAGAUGUAACUCUUGCAGGGUGGAGAGCGGCCUCUUCAUGGUCUACGAGAAACCCAAUUUCAUGGGCCACCAGAUCCUGGUAAGGAGGGGAGAGUACCCCGACAACCAGAGGCUGAUGGGAAUGAGCACAAGUGACUGCAUCCGAUCCUGCCGCACCAUCCCCGUGCACCGAGGUCCCUUCAGAAUGAGGCUUUAUGAGAGAGAGAACUUCGCAGGCCAAAUGCACGAGCUGGCGGACGACUGCGACAACAUGAUGGACCGCUUCCGCAUGUCCGAAUGCCAGUCCUGCAACGUCAUGGAUGGCCACUGGCUGAUGUUCGAGCAGCCCAACUACAGGGGCAGGAUGUUGUACCUGAAGCCAGGAGAGUACAGGAACCUGCUGGAGAUGGGGAUGAGCAGCACCACAAGGUUCAGCUCCAUCCGGCGAAUUAUGGACGCCAGUUAG